UGUUGAACUAGUACAUAUUCUAAACAACGAAACUCCUUAUACAACUAAAAUUUAUACGGAGGAAUUGAUGGGUGCAGUUGAUAUGUCAGCAGCAAACAAUUUCUUUGAGAAGAAGUGACUUUUGAAUUAAGGAACCCACAUACACAACGUGCCUCGUUACCAGGAGUUUCGAUCGUCCAAGGUCAAUCCAGCGAACCGGUAUUAAAGACUAUAGCUGUUGAAAACAAACUUUUUGAUGUAAACAUGAUAAAGGAAGCAUCUGCAAGAUCAGCACAGGCAAAACGAAUGCAUAGAGAACGGCCGUUGUUUUCAACAAAUCCAAGAACAAGUAUAAAUUCUGCUUCAAGAGAUUCAGGUCUUUUCUCUGCACCUGGGCAGUUUGUUAAUCUGAGGAAUACUACAAACAUAAAUAAUCCUAGGACCGGUUCACUACCACCAGCUGGAGCAAUAAACAUUGAUAUGUCUUUCCAACCUAAUACAAUUGACCAAACCGCAGGCUUUGCAUCCGUUCAAACAGAUGGCUCUUUUUUAGAGUUACCUUUAAGGGAAGGCAGCCAAAUAUCUUCAUCAUCAGCAAGAACUAAAUUCCAUGACCAAUCAUCAUUACUAGCAAUGGUCUCUGAUCAAAUAUCUAAACGCCAGCAACACAUUUCAGUUCCUGCAGAUAAUUCUUUGUCAACAGGUUUCACUAAAUUACCAACUUUAAGAACAAACAGAAUGCCCUUUACCGGUCCGGCCUCGGCCUGGGAUAUGGAGCCUAAACUACCUUCAAACCUAGAUCUAGAAAUUCCAGCACGUCCGACGAGCGGGCCUUCAAUAGGAAAAGUUGACUUACCUCCUCCACCAAUUCAUUCUGAUGCCAGUACAAAUAUAAAAGACAUAGGUUUACAUCAUGUACCUCUAUCUGCAACGCGCACAACUCUAAAGCAAGAGACUGUUACACCGUCUGCGUUUAUAUUUGACUCAUUUGCCAGUGGUAGUAUUUUUGAUAUAUCAACAACGCCAUCCACACCAAUUUACAGAAAUAACAUGGUACCACGCAGAAGUAAUCAAAACGUUUUACCAGUCACCCAGUCUCCUUUCUUUGCUUCAGGAAGUGGACUUAAUACAUUUACAGAUCCAAUAACAACAAUGCCAGUGCAUCAUCAAGAAACAGAAGGUAAAAUACAAAGUCCAACGUCAUUUUUAUUUGAUCCCGUCAUGCACGAAAUUAAACCUGACAUUCAUCCACCGCCAAUUAAUUCAAAUCCGAAUACCGUUAUAAACAGUGUUAACUUUCCAGAAACAACGGCUUCUUUGGAUUUAACAAAUGCUUUUGAUCAAUUUCUAACACCAACGCCAUUCACAUUUACACCGCCAUUUGGUAAUGCACAAACAAAUGAAAUAACUCCACCAACGACUGUUACACCAUUACUUGUGACCACACCUUUUCCCCCUACAACUAUGUCAACUAACCAAGUUCAUUUUGAUUUGAAUUCGCAUACUAAUACAACAGUACUUAAUACUUCUACUCUGACUACAAGUGGCCAGGACCUGCCAACAAUACAGUAUGAUAUGGCUCCGUUUCAAAAUAACGAAAACUGGGCAAUAUUUGAUCCUACAUCUCUACCUCCUGGCGUUAAUUUUUCUGAUUUUGGACCAAUCAUUGAACUCCCAAUUGAUAGCAAAGUUGAGUUUACAAAUACGAAUCAAGUUGGUUUUAAAGACAUGUUUUCUCAAGCUGUGUCAGGUGAAACGAACGCCAUUAAAACUCCUGUCAACGGAAAUAAUCUGACAGCAAUAAAAGAACAAACGUAUUCGGAUGUGACAAAUCUAACAAAUGAUAACAAAACUGUAGCAGUAGAGACUAAAACGAAAGAUGUACAACUUGUUGGCAUAUAUCAAAUCAAUCAAUCUGAGAAGGUAGCAGAGACUUCUCUGAACAAUGCAAACAGUUUCAGUAAUCAGCCAAACGUCGAAUCGACAAUCAACACCAAAUAUAACCGCAUUGAAACUGUGAUUGAAAAGACACACGAACCAUCAUUCGGAGUUGUCACAGGUCCUCAAACAAAAGUUGAUAUCCCUCCACCACCACCAAUAUGAAAUGCCAAGAAUUUCUUAUCAAUGAAAACAAAUUUCAUUAAGUGUAUAUGAUACCAUUAUACGUAAUAAGUUAAUUGUGUCUGUAAUUGGUGGUUUAGCACUAGAGUCAAAAAUCACGUUGAAUCAUUUACCCCAUUUAUAAGAGGAUGUGCUUGCUACACACGAGUGCGUUUUAAUAACUUAUCGAACGCUGAAGACGAAUAUUAUCUAAAACUUGUUUGUAAGAUUUCUAGUUUAUAAGACAGACAAACAUAAUUCGUUUAUUUAAAAUAUUUGAGAAAAAUAUCCAUUUUCAGUUAUUUUGCUCAGCAUAUUAUAGAAAAAAUGCUUAAAACUUUUUUAAAAUGUAAAAUUCUCAUAGAUCAAUAUUUUUUUCAAAUGGCGAAAUAAAAUGCUUUUGUAAUUCACUAACAUCUUUGAAAUCGAACUCACAAAAAAUAAAAUGAUCCAAAAGAAGCUUUUUAUUGUAUAUUCAUAGAUAUUUACACAACGAUGUUAUUGGCAUCUUAAAAACAUUCGGAAAUAUUACUUGUAUAAAUGCCAUUGUUGUGUAAAUAAUAUUUUUGUAUGAUACUCUUUAUAACUUUUUUAUUUUUAUUUACCUGGCGUGUACUGUAAUAAAUAUACUAUGAAAUGUCCAUAAUUGUUUAUAUUUAU